GGAGUUCCCGAACUAGCAGCUAUUCGUUUGGCGAAAUAACAGAUCUAAGUGCAGGUAUUUAACCACUUACAGUGAUGACGGAAGUAGAAAUGGCUCGAGGGCCUCGCUCUCCCCCGGCAGCACCGGUGGAGACCGAGGAAGAUAAUGAAAGACUUCGCGAAUUGCCUAGACGAUGUUAUGAGGAUGGGAUUAUGACAGCAAGCAUUGACCCAGGUGUAAUGAGUGGCGAAGGGAGAGAAGUACGUUUCAAGGUUAAUAGACGUAUUGAUCAAGUGAAGAUCUCCUGGCUCAAAGAGCACACUGUCACCAUUAUUUUUCGGGAUGGUGCUAGGUUUCUGUCAAGGAAAGUCAAGGAGGACAUCGUGAGGGCAUUCGAAGAUGAGAGGAGCGCAGAUGGUACACUUAACCCGGCUACCUUCAGUAGAGGAAGAGUCAAAGUGGAAAGUCCGAACGUAGUGUCGUAUGUGGCGAAGAACGCGGCGAUUGCGAAUUGGAUGGUCUUGAAGGGGCGUGACGAGAUCACAAUAGGCUCGACGCGUUAUGCCUUCGAAUUCAAACCAUGGCUUACGAAGGCACAACUGAAGGCACAAAGACAGGAGGAGGACGACUCAGUCUUCUGGGUCAUUGCAAUUCAGGUUCCACUCGAUGCCUUCUUUUACUUGGAGGUGCAAAUUGCACGGGCCAUUGGACCAGUUAUUCGGGUACAUCCUGCAGAGCAAGACAGAUUGAAGCCGGUGCUGAUCAAUAUCAAAUUUGAGAUUGAUCCUGUGGCAAGACCCAAUAUGAGAGACAAAAUCUGGGUGGAUACAUGCGAAGGAGACUCCUUAGAGGUCAAGUUGGCCUCUGCUGAAACGCCAAGAUGCAGGAGAUGCAGAGCGUUCUUCCAUACGGAAGUCGAGUGCAGGCGUAAUCGUCAGCAAGGUCUAUAUGCAUACCCUAGGGGAAGUUUCUCCUUGGCAGGGGAUCCGGCGAUGAACAUGGGCGUUCACCCAUGGAUGUUGCAUCUUCAACAACAGUGGGCAUCAGGAUUCGCCCCGUAUAAUGCCUCAAGUAUGCAGUCGGGACUUCAGCAGGCAGGAGCAACAUCAGCGGCGAUGCGGAAUGGAACCUCCUCGUUUAGACUAGAGGAUCAUCAACAGAGCUCACAUCAACGAAUGGGCCGGCCGCCGACGGGGACAACAACAGGAGGAAGGCAAGCAGUGGGUACUCCAGAGAUAUCAACUCCGCGCUCGAAAACAAUCGGGCUAGGCAAGCAAAGACGACUAGAAGGUAGUCCCUUGACGUCUUCGGUGCGGAAUGGGGAAUGGGUCUCACCUCCAGGCUCCGAGAAUUCCCAGAACACAGUCACUGGUACGCGAGGGACCAAGACCACAAGAAGAAGAACGUUGGUCGCACUGCAAAAAGGUCAACUCCAAGGCCUUGAGGUAAGGAUCCUACCUCUUCUUUGUACUUAUGCUCGGAAGAAUCUCUGGAUGGUGUCCUUUAUGGACCCUGAAGGGACACAGGCACUCGUGAAUAUUGCUUCUCCAAAACAACCGAUGCCGUCGGCGAUUCUCAGCUUGAUCAGAACGGCAAAUCGAAAUAAGUUUCAAAUUCGCUGGGUUGGUGAUGAGUUGAUGGUAAGAUUAAUCUUAGACCACCCAGACCAGAGUUGAAAGAGACUUAAAUUCUUCCUGCCAAUAUUUGAUGUGAGAUUCGAGUUGGGACAGUUGGAGGCUCUGGAAUCUG